CUGAGGGACUGCAAAGAAGUUCUUGGCGCUGGCUACAAGGUUACCGGAAGCUAUCGCCUGAAUCCCACACCUGAACAGGAAGCGGUAAAUGACGAAAUGGGUCCGUUUCGCGCAUAUUGCGAUCAAAAGACCGCUGACGGGGGCUGGACAGUCGUGAUGCGCCGUCUCGACGGUUUCGUGAACUUUCAUCGAAGAUGGAAUUCCUAUGCUAACGGUUUUGGAAGUAUAUCUGGGGAGUUUUGGUUUGGAUUGAUUAAGAUGAGACAACUUUGCUAUGACGUUCCGCUUAACAUCAGAUUCGAUUUUGAGGCAGAGAACGGUGCCAAGCCGUACGCGGAAUACAGCCAUUGUCAAAUAGAUACCUGGGGUACGAGCUACACCUUGAGAGUUGGAAAAUUCAUUGGUAAGACAAAACUGAUGUUUUUAAACUCAUGUCUUAGAAUUCCUCAUUUUGUAACUGAAUGCCUGAAUGACAAAUAUGAUUCAUUCAUUCAAGAAUAAGGCAAAUGUGUCUAUUCUUAAAAGCUCUUUCUGCUUAAGGCUUUUUUUCUUGCUUUCGCUUCUCAGUAUAGGAAACAUGCAUGCAUACAUCAAACUGACUACCACACUAUUGACAACUAUCACAGGAAUGAAUCCGAGCUAACUGCGAGAAUAAAUGGUAUUUCCUCUUGAGCUGGAGAAAAACGUUCGUUUCAAUUGUUAUAAGAGGAUUAGCAAAUGUUUCAGCGCUUGUUCAACAAAUGCUGAAAAGUGUCACAAUCUUUUUUUCUUCUCAAGAGAGUGGAGAUGGGCCCUCCGUUCGAAUUCAGCAUUUAAAAAUGAUGACUCAGUUGUUUUCUAGUCAGUCACUACAACGCUUUUCUUUUUUUGAGCAGCAAACUGUGGAAUGAAGUUAUGAAUAUGAAAAUCAUAUAAUUAUGUGAACCUCGGGGUGAGGAAUUAUGAAAGUAGAUCAUCACACUUAUAGACGCAACUUUUGCAGUUGCAACUGCAAAUUGCGUCUAUAACUGAGAUGAUCUACUUUCAUAUAAAACUGUUGAAUGAUACCUACUGCGUUAUCUUUGUAGUACAAAUUAUCGAAAAGUAUGGCAAACACUCGAGCUCCUCGAGAAAUUUUAAGGAAACUUGACCGCGUAGAGUAGGGUUUAAAAAUUCAUUCCGGCCUUUCGUUUAAACUACCCUCGCCAGACGCAGUCUAGAAGACGUCAAAUAGUGAUACAUUAUAUAUGCUUCUCAUGUCGAAAAUGCAUCAUGCCACUUUUUUCCUUCCGAUGUAUCUUUUUAUCCGACUUUGUGCCUUUUUUAACAGGAGGAGGAGCUGGGGAUUCAUUGUCUUCUCUAAAUAAUACAAAGUUUGCGACCCGUGACAGGAGUAACAUUAACACGGUGGGUGACAACUGUCCCUUGCAGCUACAAGGUGGCUGGUGGGUUUCGAGCUGCGAUCAGGAUGCGUUUUUGACAGGGCGUGACGAGAAAGGCAAUCUCACUAUCCGGUGGCGUACAUGGAGAGGUGCAAGUCUGACUAAAGUUGAAAUGAAAGUGAAGCCUACAACAUGA